AUAUUCAAUGAACAUUUACCAUGGUUAAAAUAUAAUAAACCAAAUUUAUCAGCAUCUGAAAAAGAUCGUAUUAAUAAACGUUCAACUGGUGGUAGUUGUAGUGGACAGAACACAAACAGUUCGAAUGGUAGUAAUCACGCAAUGAAUACAUCAAUGAUAUCGAAUAGUACAGGACAUAAUUGA